UUGCUUCUUUCAUCAAAACAACACUAGUAGUAAAUUCAAGGGCAUGCAAAACAACCCUGAGAUGUAUUGAUAUCGAUAUUUAUACCGCUACAUUAUGUGAGUAAUCAAAGUACGUUUAGGGUUCCCCUUGGGAGACAAAGCAUCAUCAUCAUCAACAUGGCUGCCGCGGACCAAGAAACCCACGUCAGCGCAGUCCGUCCUCGUUCCUACCAAGACGAGAGCUAUCUGCACGGAUUUCUUGGAGCUGUGGGUGACUUACAGAAGGAAGGGGAACUGCAGGAUGUCGUCCUUGAAGUCGAGGGCCGGCGGUUUCCCUGCCAUCGGCUUGUUCUGUCCGCGGCCAGCCCCUACUUCAGAGCCAUGUUUACAAGCGACAUGGCGGAAAGUCGGCAGAACACGGUUGUUUUACAGGGUUUGGAUGCAGAUAUGUUUGAGGAGAUCCUGAGUUACAUCUACUCGGGAACCCUCCGUGUGUCCCUGGACAGAGUGCAGCCCCUGUACCAGGCAGCUGACCUCCUCCAACUGGACUAUGUGAGAGACACCUGCAGCAGCUACAUGGCCAUGAACGUGGAACGCUCCACCUGUGUGGACCUGUACAAGUUUGCUGAUGUUUUCAGGAUGGAUGUUGUUCUUAACUCUUGUCUGCAGUAUAUAUGUCAGCAUUUUGUGGAGGUUUCCUCCAGUGAGGAGUUCUGCAGCCUGAGUGUGGAUCAGCUGACUGAGAUCAUCAGCCAGGAUAAGCUGGAGGUUAAAGAGGAGACAAGAGUGUGGGAGGCUGUGGUGAGAUGGGUGCAGCACAGCAGGGAGGACAGACUGCAGCACCUACCCAGCAUCCUCCCUCACAUCCGCUUCAACCUGCUGACCUCAGACGACAUGGAAGCCAUCUUGGAACAUCCCCUGGACAAGGAGGAUCAUGGGAGUUCUGAGGUCAUCAGGAAUGCGGUACAGACGAGGAACCCCAACCUGAAGCCGAGGCUUGGGAUGACAACGGAAAUGGCUCUGCUGUACCACGAAAGAGGUAUGCAGACUGGUGAGGAGCUGUCCAGACUCACGGCCCCCCUCCACAGGAGGUCUGUGAAGGAGGGGGUGAACCUGCACUUCAGGGGGAUCUAUGUGCAGAUAGACGGGAAGGACAUCCUACAUGAUGUGUCAGGAACAGUCAAACCUGGGGAACUGCUCGCUGUCAUGGGACCAAGUGGUUCUGGAAAGACGACCCUCCUGAGUGUCUUGUCAGGAAGAGUCUCUCCUGAACACCUGAAGGCCGGGGAGAUUCUCGUCAAUGGAGGGCCAAUCACAAAACGUAUCAAGAGGAAAAUCUGCUACGUCUUACAGCAGGACAUCUUCCUAGGGAACCUCACACUUAGAGAAACACUCAUGUUCACAGCCAUGUUGAGACUGCCAGAGAAAAUGCCGUACCAUGAGAAAGAGAAGAAAGUAGAGGAGAUCGUCGACGCUUUAGACAUCAGGAAAUGUCUGGAUACACUGAUAGGAACAGACCUGAAGCGAGGUUUGUCAGGCGGUGAGAAGAAGAGAGCUAACAUCGCCAGUGAGCUGCUGACAGAUCCCUCCCUCAUGCUGCUAGAUGAGCCGACCUCUGGCCUAGACUCUAGCACGGCGUACAGCCUGAUGACAACAGUGAAACAGUACACAGAACAGCACAACAAGACAGUCGUCACUACCAUCCACCAGCCCUCCAGUCAGAUCUACCACAUGUUCGACAAGCUGCUGCUCAUGGCUGAUGGAGAGAUUGCGUAUUUUGGAGAUGCCCAUAACAUCCUGGAGUUCUUCAGCAGACUGGGGAUGCAGCCCAAACCUAACUACAAUCCCGCUGACUUCAUCUUGGAGAAAGUAAAGGAAAGUGAUGAAGUAGAGAAGAGAAUCAUCCAUGCUUCCAAUGAGAUGAGGAAAGUCUCGACCCUGUCCCCCCUGACAGGCUCCAGUGAAACCAUGGCAACCGGGAGGAAAAACAUCAAAACCAUCAGCGGACUGAACCACAGAAACGGGCUGGGUCCCAACAACGUGCAUCUGAACCAUGUUCCCAAGGGAGCUGUAGCUGUGGAUAUGGGGGAGGGUGAGAAGGAGGCAAAAUGGCCAACUGGUUUCCUGACACAAUACAAGGUUUUGACCCACAGGAACUUCAAGGAGGCCAAACCCAGGCUGUACUCGCGCCUAAACUGGAUACAGAACAUCGGUGUCACCCUCAUCUUGGCUCUGGUGUGGUUCCAGACUCCCCUCGUGGAGGAGAAGAUUCGAGAUGUCUCGGGAGCCAUUUUCUUCUUGAUCACAUACUGGGGGUUUAUGCCAAUGGCUGAUGCUCUGUUAGCAUUUCCAUCGGAGAGGCUUGUGGUAAAUAAAGAGCGGUUAGCCGGUUCCUACCGCCUGUCGUCCUACUACCUGGCCAAGGUGACCAGCGAGGCACCUCUCAUGCUGCUGCUCCCUACAUUCAUGAUAUCUGUGUGCUACCCCAUGUGUGGGUUUGGUAAUGCUGCAGGAUUCUUCUCCGCAUGGAGUCUUCUCAUGCUGAGUGCACUCACUGCACAGUCCAUAGGAUUCUUCAUGAGUUCAGUGUUUUUUGAGUUCCGUGAGGGCCUGGUUGCGGUGUCAGUGUUCAUGCUGUCUAACCUACUGCUGGGAGGGUUCUACAACUCUGACAUCCCGUUCUGGCUGACCUGGGUGCAGUACCUCACCUUCCUCAACUACUCCUUCCAGGCACAACUCACCGUACACUUCACUCCAGAACAUCUGUACAGGUGCAGCACAGACAAGUCCCUGUUCAGCACCUGUAUCAAUGCCUUAAACUCAACAUCAACAGAAGCUACAACAGUGGGGAACAUCGGAACUGCUGCUGCUACCACCCUUAACUCCCUCCUCACCACCACUGCAUCAGCCUUAAACUCCACCUCAGAAGUUAUCCUAAACACCACAACUCAAGCUACAACUUCUCUAAGCAGUACCAUGGUAAGCACCACCAUGGUACCACCUUCGCUGCCCACGGUACACAUACCGUCAGAGGAGAUCCUACUGCAGCUGGGAGCAAGAUUUCCGAUGUGGGUGGAUGUUAUUGUGUUGUUGGGCAUCAUGUUUGGGUUUAGAUACCUCGGUUACCUGGUACUCAGGUACUUCAGGAAACCCAAAUAGAGCAGUUUUUAACCAAAGUUUUAAAGUGUGCAGUCUAUCUUCUGUCUUUUAAACUCACAGAAUAGAGGCAAAUGGUAUAGUAUAAGGACCACAUCUGUAAAAGGACCACCUGGCCAUAGUGGCCAUAUUUUGGUGGCCUUUAGAUUAUUUUCUUAAUUGAACUUUAUCAAAAUCAAGAAUCGUGUCUAUAGUGGCCACCUUGCAAAUACU